AUGGCUGCGUCCCUGGGUGUCGCAACGAAGAUGACCGGGUCGGUAGGCGGCGAGAUCAAGUUUUCGUCAGCCGGGAGCACGCCGCUGACCUGCAUCGGCCAAUUCAGCGCCGCGGUGACCUUUGGCGACUGCCAGACCGCCACAACGGUGUAUGUGUUGCGAGAGGUCACCGGAUUCCUGCUCGGCUGGUGUGACUCCGUGCGUCUGCGGAUCCUGCCCGCCAAUUUUCCGGCCCAGAUCCCUGUCAACAUCUGGCGCAGUCAGUCCGUUCCAGACCAAAGCCGCGGCAGCCACGUCCGCUCACAGUCGAUCGGCGCGCGGCCUCUGCAGCGUCCCGACCGUCCGCCGGCGCCACCUGUCGACGAACACCUGGCGCCGCCUACUGGUCACCCGCUGCAACACGUGGCCGCGGCCCGGGCGGCGGGCGGCACGGGAACUUCGGCGGGUGGCACGGAAGCCCCGGCAGGCGACACGGGUGCCGCGGCGGGCGGCACGGGAGCCGCAGCGGGCGGCACUGGAACCACAGCGGGCGGCGCGGGAGCCGCAGGAUCCAGCACGAAGCCGUCGUCUCAACAAACAGCGGCCAGUGCCCAGCCUGUGUGGGAGCACGAAUACGACCCGUCAGACGAUGUCAUCAGAGGUCAUGAGGCGACCCUGAGACAACAAUUCAAAGACGUGUUCGACGGCAAUGAGACGCUCUGCGAGAUGGCUGGUGGCCCGAUGGUCAUCGACCUGACAGACGACGCAGUCCCCACAGCUCUCACCGCUGCCAGAAACAUCCCAUACUGCUGGAGAGAGGAAAUAAAGAGCCAGCUCGACGACUUGGUCGCCAGAGGGAUCGUGGCCCCGGUGAACUACCCUACGGAGUGGUGUCACCCCAUGGUGCCAAUUGCGAAACGCCAGGGAGGAGCCAGACUGGUCGUGGAUAUGACCGCCAUCAACAGGUUCGUGAAGAGACCUGCCUACCCCGUGAGACCGAUCCACGACGCAGUGGCGUCUAUCGACGGGGACGCGCGGUGGCUGACCACGCUGGAUGCCGCCAUGGGAUACUUUCAGGUCCCGAUCGCCGAGGAAUCUCAAGACCUCACCUGUUUCAUAACUCCAUGGGGCCGGAUGAAGUUCCUCAGGGCCCCGAUGGGUCUCAUCUCGUCAGGUGACGAAUACAACAGGCGGGGCGACGCAGCACUCGGAGAUAUACCGCGAACGCUGAAAAUCGUGGACGAUCUGCUGCUGCACGACGCGACCUACAGCGCCCAUCUCUCUCACGUGGUCGCGGUCCUCAGACGCUGCCGAGAGACAGGCAUCACUAUCAACCCGCGCAAAUUCCAGUUUGCGCGGCCGUCGCUGGACUACUGCGGCUACCGCAUCUCGGAACAGGGCUACACGGUUGACGACCGCAAGCUGCAAGCGAUCUCUGAGUUCCCGCGGCCGGAGAACCUCACCGAUCUCAGAUCGUUCCUGGGACUCACCAAUCAGUUGGCCGACUUCUCAGCAGACAUCGCCAGUGCAGCUCAGCCCCUCAGAGACCUGCUCAAGCAGCACACCGUCUGGAGAUGGACUGAGCAACAUGAAGAGGCAUUCAAGGACGUCAAGAGAGCGCUGGUGUCGCCACCCGUUCUGGCCUUCUUCGACCCGCAGCUGCCUACCAAGCUUCAAACGGACUCUGCACGAACCCGCGGUCUGGGUUUCGUUCUCCAGCAGCGCCACGGAGACACAUGGAAGAUGGUGCAGUGCGGCUCCCGCUUCCUUACAGAUACAGAGUCAAGAUACGCGGUGGUGGAGCUGGAGUGCCUGGCCUGCCUGUGGGCCCUCCGCAAGUGCCACAUCUUUCUGGCAGGACUUCCACAGUUCGACCUCAUCGUGGAUCACCGCCCUCUCGUCCCGAUCCUCAAUUCCAAGAGGUUAUCAGAGAUCGACAACCCUCGCCUCCAGCGGAUGCGGGAGAAAAUGUCGAUCUACAGCUUCACUGCUGUAUGGCAAAAGGGGGCCUCACACUGCAUCCCGGACGCCCUGUCACGCGCUCCAGUCUCCGAUCCAGCAACGGGAGACGAGGUUGCGGAGGUGACGGAGGCACUGCACGACGCCGUGGUCGCUACUCUGAGCGCGACCUCCGAGGACGGUGUCCUAGUCGCUCCGCUCCAAGACCGGACUCUGGACUCGGUUCGGGCGGCAGCCGCCCGCGAUCCCGAGUACCGAGCCCUCCGUGACGUCAUCCUGGUAGGAUUUCCCGACCACCGACACGACGUGGCACCAGCUCUGCGGCCCUACUGGGGUGUCCGCUCAAUGCUGGCGGUCGACGACGGGCUCAUCGUCUACGGAGCGAGGCUCGUGAUUCCGGCCAGUCUACGCCGCAACGUUCUCGACCGGCUACAUGAUUCUCACCAAGGAAUGGAGAAAACCAAACGCCGCGCACGGCUGUCCGUGUAUUGGCCGGGGAUUGACCGGGACAUAUGCAACACCGUCUCUGCAUGCCAGAGCUGCAGGCAGCUCGCUGCCAGUCACAGCAAUGAGCCCUUAUGGAUGGAAGACGAUCUUCCCAGCCGCGUUUUCGAGUCGGUAUCGGCAGAUUAUUUUUAUGUCGCCGGCCGGACCUACCUCGUGUACGUGGACAGACUGUCAGGCUGGCCGUAUGUAACGGUCUGCCCCAGGACGGCCUCGGCGGACCACCUGGUGAAGCAGCUGCGGCGGCUGUUCUCUCAGACGGGUGUUCCCACCGUACUGCGGACAGACGGCGGACCGCAGUUCGCCUCCUCCACGCUCCGGCGAUUUCUGGACCGGUGGGGAGUCUGCCACGAGAUGUCAUCCCCACGGUACCCGAGAUCCAACGGUCACGCCGAGGCUGCCGUGAAAACGGUGAAGAAAAUAAUCGUGGCUGCCUCGGCGAGCGGACGGCUGGACGACGAUCAGCUCGACCGAGGUCUCCUCGAGCUGCGAAACACGCCACGGGCCGACGGCAGGUCACCAGCCCAGACGCUGUUUGGUCAUCCGCUGCGGUCGGGCGUGCCGACCCAUCACCGAGCAUACGCACCUGAAUGGCAGCGCGCCGCCGACGCGUGCGACGCGAGGGCGGCCGACCUCCGAGACGACGUACAGCGCCGUCACGACGCCACAGCGCGCCCCCUCUCUGGACUGCGCGUCGGCUGCCGCGUCGACGUGCAGAGCACCGAGAACGGCCGCUGGGACCGUACGGGUGUGAUCGUCGGCGUGGGACAGCGCCGCACCUACCUUGUAAAGAUGCCAAGCGGACGCAUAUAUUGGAGAAACAGGCGUUUCCUGAGACCACACCGCCCGAUGUUGGCCAGCGGCGCGGAGCCGCAGCCACCGGAGGUUCCCGGCGCGGCGCGGGCGCCGCCGACCCGGCGGGAGGCGCUGCAGCAACCGCCCACCCACCGAACGGCGGCGGCGCGAGCGGCGGAGCCCCGUCAAAGUGGUCGCCAGCGUCGUGAGCCGCAGCGACUGCAAGUCCGCUGGGACACCAACACAUAUGACUGAUAGCGUGUGCACGCUACGAAUGCCCCGACAUGUGUUUUGUUAUUGUAACUGCAUUUCGUUGUAUCGCGCGAUAGUUCUCGUCUUCCUUGAUGGAUGCUUCGCUUAACGGAGAUUACUUUUGUUUGAAGACAUUCGUCUAACAUAUCAAGGUAUGCUUUUGUUAGAGCGAAGGUCUUGGGGGGAGGUGUUAUGAUACGGGCCCGCAACCCCUGUUAUGAGAAGGGCCCGGCCUUGGCCCGCCGAGCGGCCGCCGGCCGGCGCCGGCGGAGAGCGGGCAGUGUCGAGCGAGCCGUCAAGGUGUGCGUGCCGUCCGAGCCGGCAAUAUAUGUGCAGAGCGGUGCGUGUCGUGUCAGUGCGGACUGAGGAUCCGGCGGGCGCAGAACAGAACACCCCUCCCGUCCUUUUCCGUAGAUAUCUUCUAAACGG